UCGCACGAUGAUGAUGGUGAUGAUGGUGACGAUGGUGAUGAUGGUGGUGGUCAGUUACGGAUGUCGUGCUUCAUGAGGUUGUGGCGUCUCGGCAGGUGGAACAAUGGGAGUGUGGAGGAGGUUGCGCUCCAUGUGGCGUCUCUCUGCGUGUGGAGUGGACGGGAGUACAAAACUGCCGCGGUGCGGGACCUAAAUAUCACAGCCUGCGUCACUCAGCUCGUCAUCAUCAUCGUCGCAGAUAGCUUAUCACCUCCUGUCAAUGUGACCAUCAAAGCGCUGAAGGCAAACUCUGCUGUGGUGACAUGGGACAUCCCCGAGGGAGACUCCGUCAUUGGCUUUGCCAUCACACAGCAGAAGAAAGACGUGCGCAUGCUGCGAUUCAUCCAGGAAGUCAACACCACCACUCGCUCCUGUGCAUUAUGGGACCUGGAGGAGGAGACGGACUACAUUGUGCGCGUCCAGUCCAUCAGCAUGUCUGGGACAAGCCCGCCGAGCGAACUGCUGCGCUUCAGAACGCCGAAGGAGGCGGAGACUCAGGCCUCUAAGAGUAAAGACACUGAGUCCAGAGGGAACUUGGCCUCUUGA